GCUGGGACCAAAGGUCCCCUUCUGGUUUGCAUACUGGAGUAGAUUACAGCAGAGUGAAGCUGUUGUAUGAACGUGCCUUUAUUCGUUCAUAGUGGGAUAGUAUCUAGAGUAAGAGUGUGCGAGUACAGACAGCAUACUGGCUGAAAGAGAGUCAGAAUAAGACUACAUCUAAGAACUUAGAGCUUUUUAAGAACUGCAAUCUUGGUCACUCAAUUUUAGUUCACCAUUUUGUCUUUUUUGGUAGUUGUACAUCAUGAUAAAGUUCUGGCCUCGUAUUUUUUCUGUAACUGCUAUUGUAUUGCUUCUAGCGGGGCUGCCAGUGAAAGCUACGGUGGAGCAGACUCUUUCCCCAGAAUGCCGUGAGUUCCUGUACAUGGGCACAGCACCGGUGGGGCUGGAGGACCACUCACUGCUUAAAAUCUGCCAGCGCUACAACAGCAAACCUCGCUAUGUCACCCUAUACAACACCAAGGACCAUGUGCCAGUCUACUCAGCCUACACCUUCAAACGCUCUGAUGGAGAGAAGAAGGUAGACGUUCCCUGGAUGUAUGAGCCUCAGCUAUCCACAUCCUCAGACACGGGGGAGAUGCAGCAGUUCCCGCGUGGCUAUAUGCACCAGAACUUUGAGGAUGCUCAGGCUGUGCUGGAGGACUACACCAAUGCUGUUCUUUACGAGCGUGGACACCUGAACCCUGAUGAGCACCAGGCCAACCCAGACGACAAAGCAGCCACCUACACACUGACCAAUGUGGUCCCGCAGGUCCGUGAGUUCCACAGAGGCCCGUGGAAGGCCCAGGAGCACAUCAUCCGCCGCAGACUCAACAACUACUGCAGGGGCACGGCCUACAUGGUCACCGGCAUCACCACCUCUGGCAACAUGAUCCGCAGGCAUAACAUCGACCGGGUGGCCGUCCCCACCUACCUGUGGUCAGCUUACUGUUGCAUUGACUAUGAUCACAAUGCACCAUAUGACGAACGCUACAAAUUCCCUGCCUUCGCCCACUACGGACUUAAUGACAAGGAAAACAAUCAGAUCUUGGAGCUGUCUGUCCCCAAGCUGGAAGAGUUCCUAAAGAAGUCCACUUUCGUUGACAAGAACUUCCAAAUAUUUGUGGAUGACUGUGUGCCGCCUGGAUCGGCCUAGCUCUGUCUAGUCAUGCUCUAUAAAUUACUUCUCCAUAUAAAUUACUUACAUUACUUCAUGACAACAGACAAUAUUUAACUAGUCAAUUGCAAAUAUAAAUGGAUUUAAUGGAAAAUUGAUUUAUAAUGAAUGGUGUCCCAUAUGAAGUUUUCCCAAAGCAAAUAUGUAAAUGUAUGUUUUGGUGCAAAAAAACUGCUUCUGCUGGAGCACUUGUGCUAAAACUGUACUGUUUAAAUCAUCAAUUAAAAUUUCACAAUCUGUCAUC